AUGCGCGUUGCGGCCCUGGCCGUGGGCGAAGAAGGGGAGGAGGAGGAAGAGGAGGAGGAGGAGGAGGAGGAGGAGGAGGAGGAGGACGAGGAGGAGGACGAGGAGGAGGACGAGGAAGAGGCGAAGGCGACGGAGGGCCGUGCGGGGUGCCGCCACAACGGGGCCCGCGGGCCCGCGAUGCUCUCCGCGUCUACCGCGACAGUGGGGGGCAGGAGUCAAUGGUCCAUCACGACGUGUCCGAUUUUCUUUGUGCUGUUGCUGCUGCUGCUGCCCGUAUGGAUUCUGACGGUCGCCGAUGCGUCUCCCCUUCAUCCCGCACCACCGCAUAGAGAUAUCACGCGCAGCUCGUAUAUCAGGCACUAUGAGGCAGCCAUAUAUGACACCGUAGCCUUGAAACGACAUCGCAAUCGGAUACGUCGCGACAUCGCCGACUCCGAGCAACCCCUGAUUUUGAACCUGAAGACGCUCGACAGAUCCUGGACGAUACGCUUGUUUCGCGACGCGAGCCUGUUUAGCAAGGAUGUAUCCUUCGAGAGCACGAACGGGCCGAUACCCUUCGACACGUCGCAUUCCUACGUUGGUACUGUUUUGGAGGAUGAAAGCGCCGUGGUGCAGGGCGUCGUUACGCAAGACGGUCUCUUCGACGGCAGUGUCGUGACCAGAUUCGAGGAGUACUACAUCGAGCCGACGAGCAGGUAUUUGAAUAAAAAUGAAGACACGUCGCCGCCCUAUCACAGCAUAGCUUAUCGCACCUCCGACGUUACCACCCCGCCACAUCCAUUACCCUGUGCCAGUCAUCAGCUGCAUCAAGAGGGGUCUCUUCGUGAUUCCUUCGAUAGAUAUAGGUACAACAAUUCUCAAGCAUUCUACGAGCCCCUGCUCGGCGAGCAUGUUGCUCUCUACUCGAGGGAAAACAAUGCGAGGGUGUUAACGAUGGAAACGAAUAAUGACGUCGAGUAUACGGACGCCGCGAGCGGCAGAGAUCGGAUCGCGAGGCAUCUGCACAAGCGUGCGACGGUAGAUCCUCGGAAAACUACCUGCAUGCUCUACUUGCAAGCGGACCAUCAGUUUUUCGCGCGAUACGGCACGGAGGAAGCCUGUAUCGAGGUGAUGACGAGACACGUGCAGAGAGUCAACUCCAUCUACAAACACACAGACUUUAAUCAAGACGGACGGCCGGAUAACAUCAGCUUCAUGAUCAAACGCGUCAAGGUGCACAGCGAGGACGCGUUGAGAGACCCUCAUUAUCGUUUUCCAGGCAAUUACGGAGUGGAGAAAUAUUUAGAGCUCUUUUCAGAGGAGGAUUACGAUGCAUUCUGUCUGGCUUACAUGUUCACGUAUCGGGAUUUUGAGAUGGGAACUCUGGGUUUGGCGUGGACAGGCGAUCUCAAGAAUGCCGGCGGCGUGUGCGAGAAGAACGGGCAUUACCGUGGCAGCAUGAAGUCAUUGAACACCGGCAUAGUGACCUUAUUAAAUUACGGGAAGCACGUACCGCCUGCGGUCUCUCACGUUACUUUGGCACACGAGAUCGGCCACAACUUUGGUUCUCCGCACGAUCCGGAACAAUGUACACCGGGCGGCGAGGACGGUAACUUUAUAAUGUUCGCCCGUGCUACCAGCGGCGACAAGCGUAACAACAACCGCUUCAGCCCGUGCAGCCUGAACGCCAUAAAUCCCGUGCUCAACAGCAAGGCACGUUCGCCAAAGGGAUGCUUCACCGAACCGCAAGUAUCGCUGUGCGGCAACGGCGUGGUGGAGGAGGGCGAGGAGUGCGACUGCGGCUGGGAGGAGGAUUGCAGGGACUCGUGCUGCUUUCCCCAGCGCCGUUAUCCGCCGCCCGAGGAAACCCCGUGCACGCUCACACCGCGCUCGGUGUGCAGUCCUAGUCAAGGUCCGUGCUGUACCGGCGAGUGUAAUCUCCGUUUCGGAGACAAAUGCAGAGACGACAACGGCUGUCGCGACGCGAGCUUCUGCGACGGUCGUUCUCCGUAUUGCCCGCCAUCCAUCAACAAGCCUAAUAAGACCAUCUGUAACCGCGAACUGGUUUGCUUCAUGGGGGAGUGCACUGGCAGCAUUUGCUUGGCAUACGGACUGGAAUCUUGCCAAUGCAUACCAGGCCCGAACGAUCCGCCAACGAAGGCUUGCGAGUUAUGUUGUCGACUUCCCGGGGAAAAUCAACCGUGCCUAUCGUCUUCGGAUUGGAACGCCCCACCGUACGAUAUUCCCGACAUGUACUCGAAGCCUGGAACUCCGUGUAAUGAUUAUAACGGCUACUGCGAUGUCUUUCAAAAAUGUCGUGAGGUCGAUCCAAGCGGCCCAUUAGCAACUUUAAGGAAGCUCUUAUUAUCCGACGAGAGCCUCGCCACUUUCAGACGGUGGGUCGCUGAACAUUGGUAUGCAGCCGCUCUGAUAGUUUUAGCGGCGAUAUCGUUGCUGGUGGCCAGCAUGAGAUUAUUAGGCAAGCGACCGGACUUGAAGCUAAAGUCUGUCACAAUAAUUCACAGUUCUACGACGGAAACGGUACGACUUCCGCCGGAAGGUACGGAAGGAGUGACGGUGCAUCCACCGGCGGUACGUGCCAAACUUCCUCUUAGCAGAAAGGUCAGAGAAAAGAGGUGUCAUCGCAAACAUAAAGACAGUCAUGCCGACAAGUCCAAUAAUAAGGACGCUAAAAAGAAGCAGCAAAAUCAACCAACAAAAAGAUCGUCUACCGGGCAGGUGGAUGAUUUUGCGCGAAAGAGACCGGCCGAAGUUUUGGCUGCUGUAACACAAGAAAACAAACGGAAGAAGAUCACAUCGGUUAGGGAUAAAGGACAAGGUGCCAGCAAUAAUCCAGCCGGCGGCAGCAGCGGCGAUAAUGACAAAAGAAAGCGUAAAAAGCAACAUAGAAAGGAGGUAAUCGACUAUUCGGCAAUUCAAGCGGAUAAGGAACCAGAAACGAACGCAGAUCCUAAGAGUAAAGUGCGCUCCUGGUUAUUGGCAUCUUCUCAGUGUCGACCGGAAACCGGUGCCCGUACCAAUAUCAACGGUUUGCCGAAAAGUAAGUCGACCCCGGUGGGUCUGACGGCCAGCGGAGGGGCGAUUGGAUCCAGAGUACCAGUGUCUAGGCAACAGGCGUUGACGUCCGUACGACGUCCUGGCGCGGAAGUUGGAAGGGUGGAACUGAAGAAUUCGUCGAAUUCCCUCGCCAGGAAAGAACGGGCAAGACUCCAAGUGGUGUACAAGCCGCCGUUCCGGUUCAGCGUGAAACUACGCAAAUCUGACAAGGUGGCGCAGGCACCAGCCGCGGCUGUGAAUCACACGAAUGCGAAUAGUAGAACGACGAAGCUGCCGAGAACCGGGGUGCUUCUGCGAACGGCUAAGAGGAAAGAUCGAGUCAGGAUAGGCAGAGCGCGACAGAUCGCUCCUACUGGUAUCGGAAACAGCAGUGGUGAUCUGCCGGAACCAGCUAACUCCGACCUGCACACAGUACCUUCUGAUUUAGAAGUACUGCUGUCCGAGAGUGAGUUUCUCUUCUCGGACACGUGACCAUGGAUUUCAUGGAUAAUGAACGUGUUCGUUUCGAGUCGCUACGCGGCUAAGUAGCUCUUGCACAUUUUCAUUCCUUAUAUUUGUGCGCGAGAAUAGAUAAUACUUAGGAUACGCGGAAUGAUAAAUAGUUCGCGUUGAAUCGCUAACUCGUGCGUGGAAGAAUCCCGUCCGAGAAUGUGGAAGGGAAGACUUGUUUAGUUGAUUUUGUUGCCUGACUGUCGAAUGACUGUAUCUGUGUUCGUUUUUUUUUUUAACUGUUCGCUGACUGCUCUGUAUACACGUUGAAAAGACGUGCUUCAUUGAUUCUCAUUUUCUUCCUUUCCGCACUUCUAGAGUGGAGCGAUAACGUGGCGACCGAUCAUACGUUUGUGAACGUUCAUGCGCUAUCAUCGCUGAUGCGAUGAACGUUUCUUACGCGCGAUUGCGAUGAACGGAAUUUGCGCUUCGAUGACGAACGUAUGGGGUGUGCCAGCGUUAGUUUUUGACGAUCAAGCCAGUUUUCUUCUUCCAAAGAAAGGGGCCAAAUCCACCAUUUAAAAGUGCGACUGGUGUGAACGCCGCAAAUAUAUAGAUAUUGAUCUACUCGUCUAAUAUUUCCCGGAACUAUGCUAUGUGAAAGCAGAUUACGAUUCGUUUUUCGAUGGUAGCUUUAAAUUUUCAGGGAUCAGUGCGCAACAUUAAUCUCAAAAUGCAACGCAGUAUUUUGGGGCGUCGAAAGUAAUGCUUUAUCUUUAAAGUCUCUUUACACUGUGCCUGUGCUGUUACUCUGUACCCUCUUUUCUGACGCUUAGGGAAAAUCACGUCUAAGAAUGGCGUAGUUUUCAUUUAAAUGGCGAUAUAUUAUCGGUCGCGUGAGAGGAUGACAAAAGGUGAAUUGCGUCGACAGCCUUGAUUGACUAACUUUUAUUAGUCGCUCCCUUUGAGAUUAUAGCCCUAGUUAUAAUGUAAUCGUAACAGAUACUAUGUUACAGUCGUUGCUAUGAUACGGCUAUAAAAUACUCUAUAUUUUAAUCCUAGCUGUAACAUAGCUAUUACAUACUUUAUAUUAUGACCCUAGUUAUAAUAUAGCUAAAGUAUAUUAUAAUGUAUUGUAUAACAUAUAAUUUGCAACAUACAACAAACUUUCGCUGAGACCGUGAACAUGUUCGGACGUAUUUUCUACGGAAAAACAUUUCUUGUGUGACUUAUGUUCCAUUUGUUACAUUUACUUGUGUUACAAACAAAUCGGAUUUAAAAGUUGUGAAUUCACAUGUUUUAGUUAAAAAAUUCACGAGUUACUUGAAGAAAUUGAGCUAUGUUACAAAGCUAUCAAGCUGUUUUUAAUUUUCUUGUAACUGCACUCUGUAAGCAGAAUGCUGUAAUUCUAACCAGAUACGUACAAGUUUCUUGCAAGAAUUUAUCUUGCAGAAUCUUUCGGAAGAGAAAGGAAACAGAUUAUAAUGUUCUAAUGGCAGAUCUGUCAAAAUCUGUUGCAAGAUUUACAGUAGUUUUGCGGCAGAUUGCUAUUAGAGAUUGUCUUUCUGUUUUAUUUUCUUUGAAAGAUAGAGACAAGACAAAUAAGUAUCUUUUUUAUAUCUUUGAUUUUUCGGAUAAACCCUUACUUAAAAUAUUGAAGUAUUCUACAUUUACAAGAUCUCGGCAAACAAUUUAUGUUAUCAAAAAAUUGUGUAAUUAAUGCAUGAUGAAAUUCCGUGGAAAUGAGUUUUGCGAAAAAAGAUCAUACAUUUAGAUGAUGAAUUACACAAAUCUUUGUGCUUGGACUGCUUCUUUUUCUUCUUCUUCGCGUGCCAUACGCUUGUCAGUGUAUAGUUACUUUCAGUGAUUUGCCUUUGCUUUCUGAGAUGUGACAAUCACUUCUAAAUUAAUUAAAAACCAAUUGAAUUAUAUUAUUCUGAGUGGAUUUGAAUCCGAAUCAUUGGCAUGUAGAACAAACAACUCUUUAUGCUACAUCGUCAUAGACUGAACGGUUUUAUAUAAGAUAGAAUAGAUAUAACGAUAUAUAGCGAUAUAAACAAUUACAUGAGAUAGUGAAAAAUUAAAGAGUAUUUUUUGUUAAUAUGAAAUAUUAUCACAAGAACAGGAACUAAUACACAACGUAAAAAUAACACGUUCACAGUCUCAGUGAGACAUGUUGCAAAUUAUAUGUUGUAAAACGUAUUAUAAAUUUGCAACAUUAUACCUUUAGCUAUGAUAUAAUUAAUAUCUAACUGUAUAUUAUAGCUACUGUUGUAAUGUAUUGUGUUGGCCACAGCAUUUAUUCGUAGCUAGGGCUAUGGUAUCGACGCAGAGGAACAAAAUUUAGCAUACCACGAUCAAAGCUGAUCUGACGUUAAUAGGAAUGUCAGGCAGUUUUAAACAGAUCGUCGGGAGGGUUCUCUUAUUACUUCGCCGCCCGAUCUGCCUGUAACGUUAAAGUAACGUUAUUAUUCACUCGUGGUUCCUAUUGUCGACAAUUCCUAAUCACAUCUCGUGAAGCAUCCUGUCGGAUAUAUUAUACUUUGCAUUUUUAGUACGUCCGCGAGAAUCGCGAGACGAGACGGAUAUUGCUUAUAUUUUUAAGAUUGUACAAAAUAUCUUCAGUGGCACCCGUUACGCCAAGUUUUGGCAAUUUCCGUUGCUCGUGGUUAUUCAGUGGAGAACAUGCUGUUUCUCCUAUUUCAUAUUCAAUCUUCAAAUCCGAUAUCUGGUGCUAUCAUUUGGUACUUACGUCUCUUAUAUGCCUGAUCGCAUUUGAGUGUAACUUCCACUUGUAAAUAUGCUUUACCGCUCAGACAUUCCUGUUUGCUUUGCAAAAGUUAAGGCGAUUAAUAAGAAUCGGUAAGAUAAUUGUUUUUUCAUAGUUGAAAAGAGCUUUUUGUGGAGACUAACUCAUCAACUACGAAUUGAUGAUUCUCACGCACUACCCCCAAAAUAUCCAUGUAAUACAAUCAAAUGUGUCAAAUUCAUUGAAUUUGAUAUUCAAAGUAGAAGAAAAUGUGUCAAAUUCAAUCAAUAUUCAAAGUA